UGUAAUAUAUUCUAGUAAUUAAAAAUAUUGUGUAACUAAACAAACAAAACAAAAAAUGUCUAAAUUAAUUAGUUUUUUGUUUUCUAUUAUUAUUAUUAUUAAUUGUUUAUUAUUUUCAAUGAUGACAACUAAUGGUAGUGCAGUCCAGUCAGCAACUAAUCAAACAGCAAACAGCUAUAAUAAAUUGGGUCUAAAAUUAUUAAACCAAUUGUUUAAAAGUGAAACAACUAAUGAUAAGAAAACUAAUUUAAUUAUAUCACCGAUAAGUGUAUUGGCAAUCAUUGCGAUGUUAUAUCACGGAAGUAAUGGUAAAACUAGAGAAGAGUUGGGAAAAACAUUGAACAUUGGUUUGGAUGACGACAUCCAACUGAGGAAAUGGUGGAAAUCAAAACUCAUGUCUAUUAAUAACAAUACAGACAACAAACAGGUACUCAUGGCUAACGGUGUGUUCAUCAGCGAUACAUUCAAGUUGGGAGACAACUAUCAAAAUAUAGUUAAAAACUUUUACGACUCUUUGGUCAAAGUUGUCAAUUUUGGUCAACAAGAAUCAAUCGAUAGUAUUAAUAGCUAUAUUGCCGAUAAAACUGGCGGCCAGAUUGACCAACUAAUUACGUCGGUAACACCCAAUACAGUUAUGUUAUUGGUCAAUGCCCUACAUUUUAAGGGCAAAUGGGCAACACCUUUUGCCCCUCAGGAUACCAAACCCGAACCGUUCAACAAUUAUGGUCGCAAUAAAGUUAUGGUACCCACCAUGAAAAUAGAGAAACAAAAGUACAAUUUCAUUGAUGAUGAGAAACUGGGUUUCAAAAUGUUGGGUAUGGCCUAUGAGGGCAACCGUUUGGACUUUUAUAUUAUUUUACCCAAAACUAUUGAUAGUCAUAGUAUUAAGCGUUUGUUAAGCUCAUUGACCAUCGAUACGAUUAACAAGAAGAUCCAGUCGGCCACCGAACAGGACAUCGAUCUAUGGCUUCCAAAGUUUACCAUUGAAUCAGAUAUUGAGCUCAAGACUAGUCUGAAGAGCUUAGGUUUGACCCAUACCUUCACAUCCAAAGCAGACUUUUCUAAAAUCAACGGAAAUAAAGGUCUAUACGUGUCUGAUUUUAUCCAUAAGUGUGUGAUCCAAGUGAACGAAGAGGGAACGGAAGCGUCGGCCGCAUCGGCCGUCGAUGUGGUCAUGUUUUCGUCACUACCGCCCGAAACCAUUGAAAUCAAAGUCGACCGGCCAUUCAUUUACUUUAUUAGACAAAGAGAUAACGGUGUCUAUCUGUUUAUGGGUGUAACAGAUCAUAUUGAUAAUUAACUAAUAAAUCAAUUAUCAUAACCUGUAGAUACCUAACUAAACAAAAUAAUUUUUAA